AUGAAACCAGAGAUUAAUUGCGACGAUGUAAGAGUUCCUACCGGUUCCCUAUCACCCCCUGCCACCCUGUCUCCACCAAGCAGUCCAAAUGUCUUGUCAGCAUCGCCCUGGAGUCCAGGUGGUCUUACCAGUGGUAGCAACAGCUCUUGCAACGUCGUCUCUUAUCCAUCGGCGGGCAGCCAGCUCGCACCUGACCACCGACUUAGCGCAUUUACCCUUGCAUCUGGUUAUGCUUCUGAUCCUAGGCUGCAGAAGUUAACACAUGUACCCGAAUUAAACUCCCGUGAUAUGCGUUGUGGUCUAAUGUAUGGUGGAUGCAGUACAGCCUGGUGGACUCAUCAUGCGGUAGGCCUUCUGCUACCACAUUCCCUUUUGCCACCCGAAAUUCCGGCACAACAGACAACACUUGUUACCAAACGCUCUUCAUUGCAGCAUGAACGAACUAGUCCUGACCGAGCCAGUCCACCUAAACAGUCUUUACCUGAGAAAGCACACUUUAUUGCGGAAAGAAUGACACAAUCUACUGAAGAAGAUGAAGAAGAAGACGAAGAAGAAGUGCCAUUAAAUCUCAGCACAAAACCGAGUGAUAUAUCAUCCGGUAUAAAUCGAAAGUGUGAGAUUUGGUCACCUGGUGCUGUUUGUGAACGUGAAGCCAAAGAGACUUCGACACAAAUUUCACCAUCAACUACACCAUCAAUUAUUGUCCGACCGAUCAAUCACUCACCCCUUACACCACCUUCUAAUGAUAGAAGUUUUCAGUGUAAGCAAUGUGGAAAAGCUUUCAAGCGAUCUAGUACAUUGAGCACUCAUCUUUUAAUUCACUCAGACACGAGACCUUACCCUUGUCAAUAUUGUGGCAAGCGGUUUCAUCAAAAGUCUGAUAUGAAGAAACAUACAUACAUUCAUACUGGUGAAAAACCUCAUAAGUGUGUUGUCUGCAGCAAAGCAUUUUCACAGAGCAGCAAUUUAAUAACUCACAUGCGAAAGCACACAGGGUACAAACCUUUCCAGUGUGGCUUAUGUGAGAAAGCAUUUCAAAGAAAAGUUGACUUGAGAAGACAUCGAGAAGGUCAGCAUCCUGCUGCUCCUGCAUUAGAUUACCGGUCCCUUCAAAUUCCAAAUUUAUCGAAUCAACGUUCAUAUUCACCGAUUCAUAUUCGUACCUCUAAUUAUCAUGCAGCUGCUAAUUUUGCCGAUAGCUGA